ACGUGUCGUGUUAUUUUAUUCAACUAAGGCGUCAGUGUCAUUAGUUUCGUAAAUUAUCCGAUAUCUGUAAAUCUCAAAAUGGCCGAAAUGCAAAGAUUUAGCUAUGUUUCGCAUAUGAUUGCGUGACCCGUGUUUAUAGUUUAGAUUUGGAAGUGUCUGCCUAUAUAUAUACUGCUAAGUUCAAGAUUCUUGUUGAACUUAUUGUUUCACUCAGGUUUCAGGUUUGCUAUCCAACUCUCAGGUUCAAUCAAAGGAUUCAGCUUCAACAGUUCUUCUUCAUCAGCCAAAAAUACAAUAAGUGAAAGUGAUCUCUCAAGCCACAUGACAUUCCGUGAAACUUGCAUCCUUGUGCUUCUCUUUGCAGUUUUCAGUGCAACGAGUCAACGAGUUUGCAAUCCAGCGUGCCAAGCUAAAGAACCCUUCAACUGCAAUGAUGUGCAAAUGUUCAGUCGAACUGAUUUUCCAACAAACUUCACUUUUGGUGCAGCAACUUCAGCAUAUCAAAUUGAAGGUGCUGCGCAUAGAGCGCUUAAUGGAUGGGACUACUAUACUCAUAGAUAUCCAGAAAGGGUUCCAGAUCGCACUACGGGAGAUCUGGCUUGCAACUCCUAUGAGCUUUAUAAGGAGGAUGUCCAAUUAUUGAAACGCUUGAAUGUUCAAGCUUACAGAUUCUCUAUAGCAUGGUCAAGGGUCCUACCAAAGGGAAAGCUGUGUGGAGGAGUGGAUGAGAAUGGAAUAAAAUAUUAUGACAACCUCAUCAACGAACUGAAAGCCAAUGGCAUAGAACCAUUCGUGACAAUAUUCCAUUGGGAUGUCCCCCAAGCUUUAGAAGAUGAGUAUGGCGGUUUUCUAAACAAACGUAUAGUGGAGGCUUACAAGGAUUACGCUGAGCUUCUCUUCCAAAGAUUUGGAGAUAGAGUGAAGUUUUGGAUCACAUUUAAUCAACCUUACACGUUUGCAUACAGAGGUUACGGAAUUGAUAUAUCUCCACCGGGGCGAUGCACAGGUUGUGAAUUUGGAGGAAAUUCUGGUACAGAACCUUAUACUGUUGGCUAUCAUCAACUUCUUGCUCAUGCUACAACUGUAUCUACAUAUCGGCAGAAAUACAAGGGGUUACAAGGAGGAAAUAUUGGAAUAACUUUAAUUGGAAGAUGGUUUGUUCCUUUAAAUGAAGCAAGCGUUUCAGAUCAGAUGGCUGCGGGGCGAGCGUUUGAUUUCAUUGUUGGAUGGUUCUUGGAUCCUCUGGUAUAUGGAGAUUAUCCGAAGACUAUGAAAGAUACAUUAAGAGAAAGAUUGCCAAGAUUUACAGAUUUAGAAUCUCAAUUAGUGAAAGGAUCCAUGGAGUUUCUAGGUUUAAAUUAUUACUACACACAGUAUGCAACUGAUUCAUUGCAACCCAUUUCGACACCACCAAACAUCCAAACUGAUCCAAGAGCGAACUUAAGCACUUCUCGUGGUGGAGUUCCAAUUGGUGUUCAAAGUGAUAAUAUUGUGUAUUAUCCUCCUGGGCUCCGUCAAAUUCUAAACUAUAUCAAAGACAAUUACGAAAACCCACUUACCUAUAUCACUGAGAAUGGAUUUCCUACUUCUGGCAAUCUAACACUUGCUGAAGCACUAGCAGACCAAGAACGAAUUGAAAGCCACUGUAGUCAUUUGUCUUGUCUGAAAUGCGCAAUCGAGGAUGGAUGCAACGUAGCAGGGUAUUUUCCAUGGUCUUCGAUGGAUGUUUACGAGUUCAGUAGUGGUUACACAAUCCGUCUUGGUAUGAAUUGGGUGAACUUCACUAAUCCAGCUGAUAGAAAGGAGAAAGAUUCGGCUAAAUGGUAUUCUAAGUUCAACAUGGAAAGAAGCGAAGAGAAAAGAUAGAAGCAGGGUAAUUUUCUUCUAUUUACUCGUUGAAACUCAGGAAAAUUCGAAAAUAAAGUUUAUAUAUUUUCCCUCAAAAUACAUGUAAAGGGAAUAUAUGUCUGUUUCAGUCAUAAAGUCUAUUUAAGUCUGUUACACGUUUAUUAACUAUUAGUAGCGGCGACAGUUAAAUAUAUAUAUAUAUAGUAAUUAGUCA